AUGGAAGUCAGGAAUGACUGGCUCUCCUCAUCCCCCCAUGAGGGCUUCGAGCAGAUGAGGCUGAAGAGCAGACCCAGGGAGCCUUCCCCAAGCCUCACCAGAGUAGGUGCGAACUUCUACAGCACUGUCAAGCAGCAGGACUACAGUGCCAGUGUCUGGCUGAGGAGGAAAGACAAACUGGAGCACUCCCAGCAAAGAUGCAUUGUGAUCUUUGCUCUGGUGUGCUGCUUUGCAAUUCUGGUUGCACUGAUAUUUUCGGCAGUGGAUAUUAUGGGAGAAGAUGAGGAUGGACUCUCAGAAAAGAACUGUCAAAAUAACUGUCGGGUUGCUCUUGUGGAAAAUAUUCCUGAAGGGAUCAACUAUUCAGACAGUGCACCAUCUCAUUUGUCUCUUUUCCAAGGCUGGAUGAAUUUGCUUAAUAUGGCUGAAAAGUCUGUUGACAUAGUAUCUUCCCAGUGGGACCUCAAUCACAGUCAUCCAUCAGCAUGCCAGGGUCAGCGUCUUUUUGAAAAAUUGCUCGAACUAGCGUCCCGAAAUAUUGAGAUAAAACUAGUGAGCGAUAAACUGCCUGUGGAAUCAAAGGUAUUAAACGACUUGAAAACAAAGGGUGCUGAAGUGUUGUAUAUGAACAUGUCAGCAUAUAAUGAAGGUCGGCUUCAGUCAUCAUUCUGGAUUGUUGACAAACAGCAUGUAUACAUUGGAAGUGCCAGUCUAGACUGGAGAUCGUUGGGACAGAUGAAGGAGCUUGGCGUCAUCGUAUACAACUGUAGCUGCCUGGUCCUGGAUUUACAAAGGAUAUUUGCCCUGUAUAGCUCAUUAAGGUACAAGAAUAAAAUACCUCCGAGCUGGUCUAAGAGACUCUAUGGAGUGUAUGAUACUCAAAAUAAACUGACACUGCAGCUGAAUGAGACAAAAUCGGAAGCUUUUGUGUCGAACUCACCUAAACUCUUCUGCCCCAAGGACAGAGUCCUGGAUAUUGAAGCUAUCUACAGUGUUAUUGAUGAUGCCAAACAGUUUGUGUACAUUGCUGUCAUGGACUACUUGCCCAUUGUUAUCGACACCAAUGCUAAACGGUACUGGCCAUAUCUAGAUGGAAAGAUAAGAGAAGCAUUAGUUUUACGAAGUAUUAAAGUACGACUUCUCAUAAGUUUCUCAAGAGACACAGAUCCCCUUACUUUUAACUUUGUUUCAUCUCUGAAAGCUAUUUGCACGGAAGUUCCAAGCUGUAGUUUGAAAGUUAAAUUCUUUGACCUUGAGGAAGAGAGUGCCUGCUUUCUUAAAGAGCAGAAGAACACUUCACUUCCCAAACUGAAUCGUAACAAAUACAUGGUGACUGACGGAGCUGCGUAUAUUGGUAAUUUUGAUUGGGUAGGAAAUGCUUUUACGCAGAAUGCUGGAGCUGGCCUUGUUAUCAACCAAGCAGACGCGGGGAACAGCACAAGCAUCAUUAAGCAACUCAAGGCUGUUUUUGAAAGGGACUGGUAUUCACAUUAUGCCAAAAGUUUACAACCAACAAAAAUCCCAAACUGCUUUAACCACAAACUCAAUAAAGGAACUUCAAAUAAGACUGCCAUGAGCAAUGUGAAUUAGAAAGACUAUUUUACCGUUUAGUAUGGCAAUGAAGAAUCAUGUUGGGGUGUAGCCUUCUUUCAUAUUUACAGACAAAAGA